AUGUCAUCAGCUGGUGACAAUACAAAUAAUGAUCAAACUGUUACAAUUCCAUCGGGUGAUGCAAACCAAGUCAUUCCAGCCGGUGUAGUUGGUAACAGUGCACAAUCUACUCUCAAUCCGAAUGUUCCACAUACCAAGGCCGAUUUAGAUAAUCAUGCUAAUCAAUUAAAUCCAAAUAACCCAAGAUAUGCUGGUCAUCAAGAACGACUUGCUGCUGCAGCAGCUAGUCGUGAAGCAGCAGCUCUACAUCAAAAAGCUCAAGCUGCAUAUCAAUAUGCUAAUCAACUGGAAGCUACUGCUUUGGAAGCACAAGAAGCUGCUAAUCAAUUGCAUCAAGAGGCUAUACUUUGUGCUCAACAAGCCAGUAUGGGUGCGAACACGCGUAGAGGUGGUCGAGGACGUGGUCGUGGCCGCGGUCGAGAUCGAGGUCGUGGACGAGGAGGUCAUGGUGGCGGUCAAGGAAACCAAGGUGAUCAAGGAAGUCAAGGAAGUCAAGGUGAUCAAGGAAGUCAAGGAAGUCAAGGGGAUCAAGGAAGUCAAGGUGAUCAAGGAAGUCAAGAUGGUUGGAAUCAUGACAACCAUCCAGAUGAAGGCGAAUAUGAUGAAGACGAUGAAGGAGGUUAUGAUGAAGAACAUCAUGAAGAACACAAAACGGCUGAUAGUAAUAAUCAACAAUCAACUAAUGUUGAUCAGCAACCAUUACCUCAAGUGUCAGAUCAACUGUUGUGUCGCCUAUUGUUAAAUAAAUCUUAUUUAUAUUUCAAUAUCUUCAUACUGGUCAAAACAUUAUCUCUAUCCGAAUUAAUUUAUUUUAUUGAUUUAUCUUUAACAAAAUGUAAUCAAUUAAGUGAUCAACUUGAUGCCAGUUCUACGUCAUCAUGUUCAAAUGAAUAUUCUCGUUCAUUAAUAAUAUCUCUUCUUAAACAUUAUGCAUCAUAUCAUCCUAAAGAUUGGCACAAAUAUGAAUAUUGGAAUGGUUCGGAAACUUAUAUAAAAAAUUUAAUUGCUCAUCAUUCAAAUCGUUUUACAUUAAUGCUUGUAUGUUGGAAAGGUUGUUCAUCACCUAUUCAUAAUCAUGCUGGUAGUGAUUGUUGA